CAAAUGUUAUCAUGUUUAAUAAUAAAAUUACAAUGUGUAAAAUAUUCAUAAAUUUCAUCCACUCUGACCACCUUAAUAUUCUAAGUUCACGUACUCUGCAGCUCAACCUAAAAGCUAGCAAUCCAAGGAUUUCUUACCCUCCACUACCAUGACUGGAAUCUCUUUAGUCCAUUCCUUGCCCUCCAUGCAAUCCCGUGUAGCUUCUCCAAGCAAGCUAAGAACUCAUUCCAUUCCCACGAACCACCGUAUAUAAGCAUCCUCCACACCUCCUCCAUCCUCACAGAGCCAGCAGAGCUGAUCGCCAUGGUCGCAGGUAGCAGCGAGGAGCCGCGGCAGCGCCGCGUGCAACAGGAGAUCAGAGACAUGAUCUCGACGCUCACCGAUCGGCUGACUGCCCUGGGAAGGUCCGUGCCCCGCUCCGACGCCAAGGGUCAGGAGGCCGGCGACGCCUACCCCGGACUCGGGGUCAUCACGAUGGCCGGCGACAACAAGGGGGCGUCGAUGAAGGCGGACAUGGAAGAACUGGGGGACGCCCAUGGGGGGUUGUACAGUGACGACGGCGGCAUGUGCACCUACACAAACAGCAACUACCAGGCCGUGAACAACUCGAUUCUUCUCGGCGGGAGCUGCGCGGCGAAGGAUCCCGGCGUCCAUGUGGUCAUAUCAGAGUACGUAGAGGAAGAUGACGAUGAUGAUGAUGAGGAAGAGAGGCAUAGAAAGAAGGAGAAAAAGAAGAAGAAAAAGGAGGAGAAGGAAAAGAAGAAAAAGGAGAAGAAAAAGAAGAAGGAUAAGCACGAGGACAGAGUUGAGGAGGAGGAGGAGAGGCAGGAGAAAGAAAAGAAGAAAAACGAUGAGGAGGAGAAACAGGAGAAGAAAGGCGAAGGCAGCUCCAGAGAACAGUUGGUAGUGGAGAAGGUGGCACAGUAAGGAAAAGAAAGAAACAAAUAGCCCAAGGUUGGAAGAUAUCAGGAAGAUGAAGAGCACCAAAUAUGAGUAAUAAUCUAACCAGCAGUUAAUAAGGUGAGAGACAAGAGUAAAUAAAGAGAUAUAAAAUAGAUCCAUAGAUAAGAAUGAGAACAACUUCCUAUAUUUUGAAUCCAAUAAAUAAAUAUCAAAAGACUCUGCAUUUAUCUUAUGUAACUAAAUGAGCAUGAAAUAAUGCACGUCAAUGAUUCUGCUUUUAGCAUUUACUUCUUGUUAUUGCAAUAGAAUGCUGCAUAAACUGUGCUGAUGAUAUGAAGCUUAUAUGGUGAGAUAGUUUAGUACUGGGAAUAACUUGCAAUAAACACAUUCCUUAACGAACUCUACAUACUUCAUAUGUGCCCUGCAUAGGUAAUAAUAAUGCAAUCUAUCAGCCAUAUGAUCUGCAAAUAUAUGAAACUCCCUGAUACUUCGACAUGAGCAAUUUUGGG